UUUCUUUGCAACUCUUAUCUAUACUUCUCUCUGAUAGAUCAUUAUUGCAAUGGUUACUUCCGCCAUGGAUAUUGAAAAACUAGAGAUUCUAGGAACAACCCAUAAUGGCAAUUCAAACACCCGUAUAGAGAAACCAAAGAAAACCAAAAACUGGUUGCUAGUCAUUAUCAAUUGUGCUAUUGUUUUUGUUGGUGCAAUAGGUAGUCCUCUCUUAAUGAGACUAUACUAUCUUCAUGGUGGCAGUCAUAUAUGGCUUAGUAGUUUUAUUGCAUCUGCUGGUUUUCCAAUUCUCAUAAUUCCUCUCAUGUUUCUCUUCAUUCGGUCGAGAUCAUCCGCCGAUAAAAUUUCUUCAUCUUUUUGGAUGGAACACAAGCUGUUUCUUUGGGGUGCCAUACUUGGGGUUCUGUAUGGUCUUGUUACUUUCAUGUACGCAUUGGGUUUAUCCUAUAUUCCUGUGUCAACUUCAUCCCUCCUCAUGGCAACUCAAUUAUGCUUUAUUGCAUUUUUUUCAUGGUUGAUCGUGAAGCAAAAGUUUACAGCAUUCAUAAUAAAUGCUGUUGUUGUGAUGACACUUGGAUCAGUGUUGUUGGGUAUUAAUACUGAUGGGGAUAGGCCAGUUGGUGUAUCAAAAGCUCAGUAUUUGUUAGGAUUUGUUUUGACGCUGAGUGCUGCAGCUUUAGCUGGGUUAAUAAUGCCUCUUAUUGAACUUGCUUUCAGUAAAGCCAUUAGAAACCUCAGUUAUUCAAGUCUAUUGCAGUUCCAGUUCGUUCUUUCGGUUUUUUCAGCCACCGUUUGCGUCAUAGGGAUGCUAGCAAACAAGGAUUUUCAGGCUAUUCCUAGAGAAGCAAAUGAUUUUGGACUUGGCAAAGCCAACUACUACAUCAUAAUGGUCGCGACCGCAAUAACAUGGCAAUUGUCAGGUGUUGGAACUAUGGGCGUAAUCUUCUACGCGAGUGCUCUUUUCAACGGUAUACUCUCAUCAGUCCUUAUCCCAUUAACAGGAGUAGCAGCAGUAAUGUUUUACCAUGAAAGUUUCACAAGUUUAAAGGGAAUGGCGUUGGCAUUAUGUCUUUGGGGUCUUUGUUCUUACUUUUAUGGAGAAUACAAGAUGAUGAAUAAGGUAAUGAAUAAUGAAUCCACAAAGAGACUCGACAAAGUCGAAAAUGAGCCUAAAAGAUUGGAUGAUUACGAAGAACCAUAAACUGUAUGACACAAGCACUAAUGGUACAGUAAAAUUAGUAAUAAAUGAGUCCCUGGUGAGCUUCCCAUAACUUUUCAAAUAGUUACCCAGGAAUUGGAUUGUUCUGAUUUUACUCCAACUGUGUGUUCAAUUGUAGUUUCCUAAAUGUAUGUUUGAAUAUGAAAGUCUAUCCAGUAAUAAAGCAAUUAUACUCGGAAAGAACCGAUCCAGUCUA